AUGCCGUCGCCUCAGACAGUGGCCUCUGGGCCGGAGCUGCACAACCCCAGGGAGCCUGUGGUACCCCAGAUCCCAGCUCAGGGCACUCGGAAGGCAAGCAGCGAGGAUGCGUCCAGCGCCCAUCGUGAGGGCUUGAGGCCUGGCCUGGGCACCCUUCGGCGGGCCUUCUCAAAGGCAAGCCAGUGGGCUUCGGGCUGCGCCCCCCAGGAGGACCCAGGCCUGCUCAGGCGCAGCUCCCGCCUCUUGUUCCGGUCUUUACGGCGUGCUCGGGACGAGGGCCCGGCUGCUGACCAGACCCAGGCUGCCACUGGGCCAGGGGUGGCGCAUGGCCGGGAGGCGCCCUCAAGGGCCAUGGACGGUGUCAGCCUGCAGUCAUCCACUGGGGCGGGGCCUGCGGAACUAGAAGGUGAGGACAAAUCUGUGGCUGACCUCAUCACGGAGCGGAAACUGCUGGCGGCCUUCGAGCAGCUGCGGCACCUCGAGACUCGGCUAGUGGCCGAGAAAGCCUCGCGCACCUUUGAGCAGGACCCCACGGGCUUUGCGCGGCGCGCCAUGGACCUGUGCCUGCACUACGACGGGCUGGCUGCAGAGAUCGGCGCCAUCGUGCUCGAGACCCUGGGCCCAGACGGCGUGGACGCGGCCGUGCUCGCGGAGCUGGCCUGCGUGGUGCGCGCGGAAGAGGAGGCCCACCCAGAGCCCCCUGCAGACGGCGACUUUCUGUGCACGCCGCGCCACUGGCGCCAGCACUGGGAGGACGCAGUGCGCCGGAGCGCGCGGGAGCGUGUGCAGCAGGUGAGCGCGGGGGAGGCCCCGGGGUCCGGCUUGGCCCAGCUUCUGGACGAGCUCGGCCGCUUGGUUCGCCACGACCUGCAGAAGGUGCAGCUGGAGGUGCACCCGGCUUACGCGGCCGCCGGCUAUCCCGCAUGGGAGGCCUACCUGCGCGCCUUCCACGGCGCAGUGGCCCAGCGCCUCCAGGAGCUGGCGCACGACACCCACGACUGCGAGCAGCUCUACGUCCUGCUGGACUGGGCCUCCAAUGUCUACAGCAGUCCUGAUUUCCUGGGCUCCCAGGACCUGGCUCUGCCCUCGGAGCCGCUGCCCCCACUCCUGGCACCCGAUGUGUGGGCCCGACUCGAGAGCGACUACGCCAGCUUCCUGGAGACCAAGAUCGCGAGCUGCUUCGAUGGCAUCCUGCAGGUAGAACAGAGUCGCUGGGUGGCUGCCGAGGCCCCCGACGUGCUGCAGGGCCACUACCGUACGUCGCUGUCCGUCGACGUACACAUGCUCGUGGCACAGCACGUGAAGGCAGCCGGCGUCAUCUCCGCGGAGCUGGAGGCCACCACCUUGCAGAUCUGCACGCGGGCCCUUGGCCUCUUCCUGCCCAGGUUUGAAAAGGCUUUUCUGGAGUCGGGGGCGGUGAGCGAGCCUAACCUGUGCGCCAACAUCAAUGCUUGCGAGGAGUUCAGAACUCAUCUUCUGGCCAGGUUCCCAGGAAGCCUUGAAGAGCUGGAGAAGCCCCUGGUGGCUGCCACCUGCGCCUUUCAGAAGCAGCUGCUCCAGGGCUUUCAGGGUGAUGUGCAGCCGCUCUUCAAGGUCCUGUGCACCAAGGCCUGGCUGACACAGGACGUGCUGCAGCCCCUCCUGGACAAGGUGGUGGCAUUCGCCGGCCACCUUGAGCAUGUGGUCCCGCCCCGGGCGCAGGAGACUCUGCAGGAGGUACACCGUUACGUCGUCCGCGAGUACCUGGUGAAGGCGCUGAGGCCCCGCGAGCGGUUCCGGGGUGUGGAGCGCGUGAGUGGCUCCCAGAAGAUGAGCCUGGACGCCCAGGCCAUUGGCAACACCUUCCAGGACCUGGGCUCUGAGGCCACUUGGUUGGGCCGAGCUAUCCCGUGCGUGGCGGACAUACUGGGCGAGACUUACAAAGACGACAUCCGGCGGCACCUGGAGACACUCAUCCGGAGCUACCCCGACAUCAGGCGGGACCACGUGCUGGCCAUUCUAGCGCUGCGCCGACUGGGCCACCGUCGGAACCAGCACCUCCUGACGCAUGCCCAGGACCUGCUGAGGGCCGUGGCCAAGGCAGGGGGCCCCGGCGCUGCUGAGGGCCACGUGCUCUUCAAGGAGAUCGAGGUGCCCACCUCCAUGGAUGUGCUAGUCACCUGCAUCUAG